AUGACUUGGAUAGAGUUUAAAAGAGUAUUUCUGGAGAAAUACUUCCCUGAAGACGUCAAGGCCCGAAAGGAAGUUGAAUUUUUGGAGCUGAAACAGGGAAAUAUGACUAUUGGGCAAUAUGCAGCUAAAUUCGAGGAACUGGCUCAAUUUCAUCCCUCGUACCGCGAUGCUGCAAAUGAAAACUCCAAAUGUAUUAAGUUUGAAAACGGAUUGAGGCCAGACAUCAAAGCUGCCAUUGGGUACCAGCAGAUUCGAAAUUUUUAUACGUUGGUAGACAAAUGCCGCAUAUUCGAGAAUGACGACAAACAGAGAAAGGAGUACCUUAAAACCCUCGGCCCUCAGAAGAACUUUCGAGGAGGAAUUGAUAAAAAGAAACCAUUCCAGAAAGCCUUCCGAUCGCAAAGUUCUUCUUCUAGUGAGAAAAACAAAAUCCUGAGAUACCAGCCGCAAAAUCCUCCCCGAUGUUAUAAUUGUGGAGGAAACCAUUACCGGUAUGAAUUUUCUCACACCCAAGCCGUAUGUUACCGGUGCAAACAGCCAGGGCAUGUCAGUAUAAAUUGCCCAAAUCCUAAAGUGGAGUCUUCCAACAAUGAACGUGGAGGAGCUGGCAAUCGCAACAACAACAAUAACAACAAAGGGAAGAAGGAGAACAACAAGGCGCCUGCCCGAGGACGCGUCUUCACUCUGACUGGAGCAGACCUAGAACCAACCGAAGAUCUGAUUCAAGGUACAUGUUUUAUGAAUGGCAUUCCUUUAGUUGUUUUGUAUGAUUCUGGUGCUACCCAUUCUUUCAUUGCUGUUAAUCUCGUGAAACGAUUGCGUUUGGCCACGCAAUCCUUAGUUCGUAAACUCAUAGUAUCAACCCCUACUGGAGAUACUGUGAGUACUACCUUCCUUUGUAAAGACUGUCCACUUGUAAUUCAGGACAGAAAUUUUGUGGUAAGCCUUGUUUGCUUACCACUGUCCCAAAUCGACAUAAUCAUGGGAAUGGAUUGGCUUUCGGCCAAUCAUGUCCUUCUGGAUUGCCAUCGUAAAAUUAUAAUCUUCGGAUCAGAUCCCCCACAUGAUGGCAGAUUUAUUUCUGCUAACAACGUUAACACCUCGGUAAAGCAAGGCGAACAAGUCUAUAUGUUAUUGUGCUCACUGAAAGGAGAGGCGGAACAUCCGACGCAGCGCAUACCUGUUGUGGAGGAGUUUCCGGAUGUAUUCCCUGAUGACAUUCCCGGAUUACCUCCAGAGAGGGAAGUAGAGUUCGCUAUUGACUUGAUUCCUGGUACAGGGCCGAUAUCCAUAACACCCUAUAGGAUGUCCCCUCUAGAGUUAGCUGAAGUAAAGAGGCAAAUCGAGGAGUUGCUAGAAAAGCAAUUUAUCCGCCCCAGUGUGUCACCAUGGGGUGCACCGGUGUUGUUAGUAAAGAAGAAAGACGACAGUAUGAGGAUGUGUGUUGAUUACCGUCAACUAAACAAGGUGACAAUAAAGAAUCGGUAUCCUCUCCCUAGGAUAGAUGACCUCCUAGAUCAGUUGCAAGGAGCCUCGGUGUUCUCGAAGAUCGAUUUAAGGUCGGGAUAUCAUCAAAUUCGUGUAAAGGCGGAAGAUAUUCAGAAGACUGCCUUUCGCACACGAUAUGGUCAUUAUGAGUAUUUAGUCAUGCCUUUUGGAGUGACUAAUGCUCCGGCCAUAUUCAUGGACUACAUGAAUCGAAUCUUCCACCCGUUCUUGGGCAAGUUUGUCAUUGUUUUUAUCGAUGACAUACUUGUAUAUUCGAAAACAAAGGAGGAGCACGUGGAGCAUCUCAGGGCUGUUCUUCAAAUAUUGAAGGAAAAGCAACUGUAUGACAAGUUAUCUAAGUGUGAAUUUUGGCUGGAUCGAGUUAAUUUUCUUGGGCAUGUGGUCAUUGCUGAGGGAAUCUCUGUUGAUCCCUCUAAAGUUGAAGCGGUGUUAAAGUGGUAA